GUACAGGACUGUUACGCCUUUUCCGCCGGAUGACGUCACCCCGCUUGCUCGGACAGACGCCUCGCGCUCGGGAGUGAAGGAAGGGGGACUAUUUGUCGGAGCGCAAGCAGCGCGGCAACACGCACACUCACACACAUAGUCAAGAGUGAAUCGGCCCGCCGGGAGUAAAGCAGGGGAAUCAUUACCUGUGUCUGCGGUCACGGAAUUAAACAGAACACACUCCAGCCCGGAGGCGACUUUUCAAAGCGAGAAUAUACCUCACGUCGGACUUUUUUUUUUCUCUCUCUCUCUCCGUCUCGCUUGCCAGCGAAGUGAACCUGCUGCCCCCCACCCCUUCCCUCCAUCUAUUCCCCGGCACAUUUCGGAGCGACCAUGGCCGGACAAGAUCCUCUCCCAAGUCGACAAGACUGCUUUAAAGUGGUACUUUUGCUCCUCGGCUCGACACUUUUACCACACGGGGCAUCUGGUCAGCGAGUGAAAGUGGAGCCGGAGGUGUUGUCAUACCCCGGGCAGACGGUCAACCUGCAUUGUGCCUUUACAGACACCACUGGGAUUCAGCUUACCAUGGUCACCUGGAUCUACCAGCCAAAGGAGGGAAAGAGGAUGAACAUAGCCGUAUUGCACCCCAGCUUCGAACCAAACUACCCUGACUCGCCGCUAAAGGGCAGAGUCAGCUUCAUGCAGAGCCCCCCCAAUGUGGACGGCCCCUCCAUCCAGAUCAGCAAUGUUCGCAUGAUGGACGAGGGGAAUUACAUCUGCGAGUUUGCUUCCUACCCCAGUGGACACGAGCAGGGAAUCACCCAACUGGUCAUGCUCACAAAGCCCCAAAACUCUGCCUCCCCCUUAACCGUGGAAGUGGGCAAGCUCAUGGUGGUGGCACGCUGCGAGUCCCUCAACGGAAGGCCCGCCGCACAGAUCCGCUGGGUGACCACCGCCCACGGAAACUCCACCACGUCAUCCAAGCUGGGCCAGGACAACACUGUGUCGGUCACCAGCGAGUACCACAUGGCUCCCACAGCGACAGACAAUGGGAAAGACAUCAGCUGCGUGGUGUCGCACCGGACGCAGACCACGCCCGAGAGCUUCCAGAUGAAACUCAAAGUUCUAUACGCCCCACAGGUGACAAUAGUGGGUUACGACAAUAAUUGGUACGUGGGCCGUACAAAUGUGCUGCUCACCUGCCAGGCUGCUGGCAACCCGGUACCGACAACGGUCCUAUGGAAGUCUAUGACAGGAGAGAUUCCCGACACAGUGCAAAUCAAAGACAACCAGCUGAGGGUUCUGAAGGUGGAUGAGGCGGUGAAUACCACUUUCGUCUGCGAGGUCAAGAACCGCGUCGGGACCGGCAGAGAUCAGGUCACGGUCUUGGUCAGAGAGCCUUCAGUGAACCCAUCCAAUGCCGGCGUGGUGGCGGGGGCUGUGAUCGGCUCCCUGCUGGCCCUGCUUUUGGUCGCCGCCCUGGUCGCCGUGCUGGUCACUCGUAGCCGCCGUCAGCAGCAGGGCUACCGUGCCAAUGGCGGCAGCGACAUGAAGGCGCGCAUAUUCGGCGGAGGCAAGAAAGCCAGCAAGAACGGCACGGGUGGCGUCGGUAGCGCCAUGGGCAACAACAACGGCCCCAUCUACGUGUAUGAUGAUGGCUCGUCCCACCAGGGGGAGAAAAACAACCACGGGCCCCUCCCCAUCGGGGGGCGGCCCGAGGUGGUCGCCGGCACGCCCACCGCCCAGGACAUCCUACUCAGCAGUGAGCUGGACGAUGCCGAGAGGAGGAAGUUCGAUGAACUGGAGCAAGAGGAGCGGUACGACCACUUCUCUGGUGGCGCCCCUAUCCUGCAGCUGCGCCAGCCCAACGAGCAGGGCGAUAUGAUUGGAGACUACCUGGACGACGACAUGGAAUCCCAGCGGGAUGGCUCCGUCAUAUCUCGGACUGCUGUUUACGUCUAAAGCAAGAAGGAAGGAGGAAGCAUCGAGGAGGAGACCCAGAGAUUUUUGUGCCUCCGUCAGAUAGAGAAGAUAGAAUGAAACCACUUUUAUUUAAAAAAUUAAAUCAAACAUUAUUUUCCAUAUAUGCCAUUAUUAAACACAGUGUAGCCCCAUUACUGACUGGAGGAGGACGUUGUAGGAAUCUUGAGUGGAGUAUUUCUGUUUGUUUCGCGGUCUAUGAAGGACGCUGACAAAAUGGUAGAGAUGGAAUCAUGUUGAGGCCAAACGGCAUAGCAGCGAGAGAGGAUUACCUCUUAAGUGCUCCAUAAUGCAUUGCACUUGUCACACUUUUCGCCCACCGUUUUUUUUUUGUUGCUUUUGGUAGUCCAUCAUGCUAUGACGAGCACCGGGUGGGUUAGUCACGCGUGAUGCGGUCUGAAGGUGUGAAACCGACAAGUCAUUGCGAGAGGAUUUGUUUGCUGACAUGUAUUGUCUUUGUUUUUUGUUUUUUUACCCUGACUUUCCCAUCAAACUCCUAAAUCACUACCUCCUAGUCUGCAGCCGUCAGAUUGAUUGAUUUUAAUUGAAAGUAGGGCUGUAGCCAAGGCAGAAAUGUUUUUUCUGAGGUCCAAUGGAAUAACUAGAGAGGGUUGUCUCCUUUGAGUCUGUGGAAAUUUAUUUUAUUUUUUUUAAGUAAAGUUACUUUGAACAAAUCUACUGAAGGGGGUGCUCGGUUUAUGGUUUCGAGUUUACGAACGGCACGUAACAAACUAGCGUCACUUAAUUUUACGCAAGAAGCUGUAUUUACUAUCUUUCAUUGGUUUGUGUAAUAUUUAUAGCCUAGACGUGUCCAUCCAUUUUCUAUAGCGCUUGUCCUCAUUCGUGUCGUAGGUGAGCAAUAGCCUAUCCCAGGUGACUUUGGGUGAGAGACAGACUACACCCUGGCCAGCCAAACGCAGGGCCUGAAUAUGUUUUUAUACAAAUAUUUACUGUAAUUAUGACUUUACUACUGUGUGAGCCUAGGUUAGUAAUAGAUUAUGGAGCCUUAUGAAUGAUUUUGCUAUGCUAAGAAACUGUUAUUCAAUUACAUUUCUAAACUUAGUACUUUGACUGACAGUCUUGUAAGCGUUCACCACGACAACUUAACAAAAUUCUGCCAAACAAGUGUGGCGUUGACAUAAGUAUACAUGCAUACAAGUAUAAGUCCGUAAUAAAUCACACAAACUAAAGUGCAAAUUUCAACAAUAAUGUUAACAAAUGUUACUUUACCACUUCAAAAUGUCCAACUUUUCGUGUUCAUGAAACAUAUGUAGACAUGUGGCCUGCACUUCUCAGACAGUCAACUAACUAGACAGUCAAUAAAUAAGUGUUCAACAUUAAAGGAUGGCUCGAUGGCCAGGAGCCUGUAUGCAGCUGUGUUGGGCCACCACCUACUUAUACAAUAGACGCUGGCCCGGCCACGCCAGUACAAAUAUCGAGUCACCGACAAUUUUCGGGCGCCGUAAAUGGCCCAAAAGUGCUUAUUCGAUUUCAGACUGAAAGACGUAUCAUAGAAGCAAGGAUGGGACGUUAUGAUGAAAUAAGGGAAAACUGUGACCGGAACAUGCUUAAUUGGAUAAAGCAGGACAAAUCGGGGUUAACCUCAAGUCACUAGCCGAAGGUAAUGCCGCCAGCCUUAGAGAUUCAAGGACAGCGACACAAAGUCAAGCUCCAUUGCCAGUUUAUUAUGUUCAAUAAUGCGCAGACAACAACUGCGUGCUAACGAGAACUUUAUUCAUCAUAGAAAUAAGACACCAGCACCAACACCAUGACACUUUACAGCACUGUGUCAAUUACUGUCGUAACACUUUUUUUUUACCUCGCAAAGUGAAAUAUACCACAAAUGUUAGAUAUAGUCGCCUACCAAAAUGUAUGUGCACCCAGCACGGCAGUGUGCGGCAGACUUUAAGUGCAGCUUUGACUCAGCCAUCUCUGCUCCGCUCCACUCCCAAUGACCAUCACAGCCUUUGCAAGAGGAAAAUGGCAUUUUAACAUAUCACUAUAGUAAUAAUGCAAUUAAUCGUGCAACCUUUGUUCCGUCCCCCUGUAGUUGAAACUGAAAAUGAAAAAUUCUUAACCACCUGGUUGCUAGUAGCACUACUAGAUCACUAACAAGUUUAUGAUGUAGCGCUUUUUUUUUUCGUCCCGCCAAGGCCCUCCAUUUUGUCACUGUCAAAGUUGAAAGUGAGCCAAACAAAACCAUGGUAGCGUGUGUAACAGCUGAGCUUUUAUUCCAAGUCCUGAUACCCCCACAUGACAUGUUGGUCACAUCACGGAUCUGUCUCUCCAGUCACAUAAAUGUCUAACACAGUCUUGGGGGGGGUAGAUGGGGGGUGGGGGGUGGAGAGAGAGAAAUACAACUGAGCCUCACAGCCACUGGUAUUUGUGCUGCAUAAACCGAAGCGCUUUUUGGGUUUGCAGUGCUGACAUAGUGUUGACAUGCAAAACCAUCAAGCCAUUCCCCGCUAGCUAAAAGGUAGAUGGUAAACAAGAGAGUAACUGGAGUGAAGUGUAGCCGAGCUGACAGGGUCAAGGGGACUGAGGGAGUCUGCGGGACGGUGGAGGGGAGCGUCUCGUCACGAGCGCUCCUGACAGGAGGAGGUUAAUUGCUAAUGAAGCGUGAAGUCGCUUAGCUGGGACCAACAGAUUGUUCCCACUGACGUAGCCUCCGCUUCCACUAACUCUCAAUCAUCCCUUCACCCACCCUUUCUUUUGUGUUUAUGGCAACUAUGUGAUUUAAACCAGAGCAGUGUCGAGGUCAGGGCCACUUUUUGUUUUUUUGUUUUUUUUGUCUUGUUUUUUUCUUCCUUCCUGCUCCUGAUGUGUCAAGCAGCCCACUUAUAGCAUUUCCGCCUGACGCGGCCUGACAUGGCAGCACUACCGAAUUCACCUGGGGUGUCUGUGGUGAGCGGCCACCCUCCGCCGCCUGUCGGCCGGUUGACGGAUGGACCGAAGCAUCACCGCAUUAGCAUCUAUAGAUUUUCCUCUGAGAUCAUGCAAUAUUUUUCUCCAUUAGCUGAUGCCGUUAAGUGUGGAGAAUUGAUUGGGGGACAUAAAAGUUUUGCCUCAGCCAGUGGAGUUAUAUUGACUAACGGGCAACACGCGGCAAAAUGGCCCUUUAUGAUGCAGCUGCGGGCCUGAUUGUCUCCUGACUGUUAAUUCAUCUCGCUAACGAGCCACCGGAGGCCUUCUUGAACGCUCCCCCGCUUCGUCUGUAGUUGCCGUUUAGUCACCAUAUCAGCCUGAUCAUGAAUUUUCCUGACCUGAUCAGCCUUUUUUUUUUGUUUUUAACACCACUGGCAAAUGGCUGUGCAAGGCCCUCCUGCACAGCCAUUGCCAUUCACCAGGUCAAACGCUGGCUAAAGUGCUGCCUAAGGCAGCGAUGACUUUCCUCACGUUUUUAACCUUGAAUGACCUUGAAAGCUUGCGUUCUCAGAUCUUGGUUCGACUUGGGGACCACUAACCUUCUUGAAGCAUAGAGAGGACGGGGGGGAAUACCAGAGCUGCAAAGUCCUGGCUAUUUUCCUCCGUUACCUGGGCUAGCAGAGAAGUUAACUGAACUUGCCUGCUAACCAGGCUAACAACACAGUGUCUUCUCCUAGCUCAUUUCCUGGCUAUUAUCAUGGAUUUAACGCUGUAACUCCAAAUCAGUGAAACACCCGACAAUAUAGACAUUUAAUAGAUCCGUCUGAUUUCAAAAUGCGUAACUUUAAAAUUUGAAGGAUUAUUAUUAUUAUUUUUUUUUUUUAUAUAUAUAAACAUCCUUUAUUCCCGGAAAUCGGAGGGUUGGGAUCUCUGAAAGACAUAGUUGACCAAAAUUUGGGGAAACACUCAUUAGUAGGCACGGGCUGGCUACCGGGUUUAACCGCAAUUCUAAAUAGUCACGUUUUGAAAGCCACUAAAACUUUACAUCAGCUGUAUGAGCUGUUUUUAGGGAACUGCGGCCUGGUAGACGAAGGCUAUCACAUUUACGAGACCGCCACCCAUCACUUUGGCAAAUUUUAGGUAACAUUACUAUAAAACUGCCAUGAAAUGAACUUUUGGAAUAAGCUACGAGAGUUAGCUAGUUAGUUAGCAUGGCUAACAUCAGUUCCUCUUCACGCUGAGAUUCCUUCAAAAAGCGGAGAAGAGUAGGGAAAGCUAAUACUUUUCUGAUAAGUACUUUUACUGUUGUACUACAUUUUAAUCAUAUUUAGAAAAAAAAACUAUUAUUUUCAUUUGGUGUGUACUUAUGUACUUUACAGAGCAUGUUCAAUGGAAACGUUAUUUACCCAAACAUUUCAAAGUAAUAUAUUUCAAAGUUGUAAUUGCAGUAACAUGAAACUGCAAUACUUUUGCUCACGGUUAUCAUGCCGUCAGAAUCUAAUACGGGUCCAUGCCUCGUCAUUAGUAUUUUAGCAUGGCCUUAGGCCAGGUAUACAUUGUAUGAUUUUAGCGCAAUGUUGGGAAAACUUUGGUUUAUGGGCAGAUUAUAGGUGUACAACAUAGUUGCAUUCCUGCUCCUGGAAUGUUACUCAAAUUUGUGCGUAAUUCGUAAUGUGCCACACACCUAAUCAACCAAGGAAAGUUCUACCGAUGCUGGUAGAUCAGGAAAACAAGUACGGCAAAAGCAGUACAUGGGGUCCCCGGUGUACGACUGAGUUCAGUUCCUACAGUGGCCUUGUAACUCGAAUUUGUACUUAAGUUGAAUCCGCAAUAACACUUAACAGACAAACGCUGUAGUAAAGUCAUAAUUACAGUAAAUAAUUGUAUAAAAAGAAAGACUAGGCCAUGAAUACUGUACUAUACAAUUCAAUGAAAAACCGUAAGUAUGGCGGUAACUAAGCGUGCCUUAUUGUACUUUGUGAGCAUGUAUUCUCGCAUCGCUGCACAUUAUGCGCUAUGUGUAACCUCGAAACCUUGUCUGUCGGGGAACCUUGUAAACCGAGGACUCCCUGUAUCGUAGCACAAAAACAGUUGUACAGUAAAUCUCUCAGUGAGACGGGAACAAAGACGAAAGCUAUAACCAUCUGGCUGUGACAGAUAUGGAGCAGUGACGCGAUUUCCAUCAGUGACCAAUAGCAAGACACUGUGCCAGCCUGAAUUUCACACAGUGUGAACAUUCAGUAAAUUUCACAGUAACGAACAGACUGGCUACAUAAAGCAAAUAUAAUCCCUAUCAACUGACAAUGCAACCAAUUCUCUCCUUAACACACAAGAUUAACCACAACUACCCAAAAAUAAAAAAAUCAAGAUGUUAUUUUUGCAUGCGCGUGUGUGUGUGUGUGUGUGGGUGUGGGUGUGUGUGUGUGUGUGUGUGUGUGUGUGUGUGUCUGUCACUGCUACCAAGAGAAAUGUGUGUUUAAUGUUUGGUGUUAGGGGAUAUAAAUGGCAACAACGGGGGGGGAAGACAAACACAAACUCUGUACAUUUUUUUGGGAUGUCGAGGUGUCUGUGGAUACUAUAAAUGUAAGCAUCUUUAUUUUUACUGUGGAAAAAAAAAAAAAACUGUGGAUAUUUAUGGAAAUGUAAAUAUCAGCCUAGUGGAGCCCAUGUGGCGCGAUGUAAAGGAAAUGUCAUUGUGAAUGUAAACAAUUUUACCGAAAUGAAUAGCACGGCAGGUUUUGUUGUUUGCUUAAUUUUUGCGCCUGUAAUUUUUUUGAUUUUAUUUCCUUUUUGGCAAUUCUACACAAUAAGCACACUGUUGUUUUGCACAAUUGGCUCUCUGAGGGACACUCUGUGCACCACGCGGAAAAAAGUCACACAGUAGUCAUAAUUUAUCACCUAGCGACGUGAGGUGUGGGAAAACUUUUCCGAUCAAGUAGGAGAGUUGUUUCUAUUGGCCAACCUUUACUGCUUUGUGAAAAGAGGGCAAAGCGAGCUUGUUGUUACUCUGCUGGCGUAGCAUCAACUCCGAGAAGCAUUCGCCCACUCGAGAACGCCCCACAGCCGCUCUCAUUAUGCUCAAUUCCUACAGCCAAACUGCACUCAAGCCGCCUCAUACCUGCCAUCGCCUGACACUAGCCCACACACAGACAUAAACAUACAAAAAAAACACUUCUCCUUCCUCCUACUUUACUCGGUGGUUCUGUCAAGACGUGUAUUCCAUAUAUACACGCUGGAAAGAGUCCGAUUUGUGUCCUGCGCCCCGUUGCUUUCCAUCACCGAAGCAAUGCAGCCAUUGGCCAAAUUGAUGUAGACGCCUGCGCACACCUUUUCACACCCGCUCUUUUUUUGAGAAAUAGUUUGGCGAGUUUGCUGUACUUCUACAUUAAAAUUAUAGCUUUUGACAUCCCAUCGAAUGGCUACUUCCUACUCUUAAGCGGGAUCCACACAUACCAAUUAUUGUCAUCCUUCCAGAUUUUUAGAAUGUCAGGGACCCCACACAUAAAGGGGAAAAUAACUGGCUCUUAUAGUGUGUGUGGUGUACCCAAGACGACCAACACAGCACACUUAACAAUGUCGUGUUGUAGUACCAAGACUGACAUGUGAGAGACUGCACGGUGCCACAGGGUAUCCAGACAGCCAGAAAAUAGGAAGAUGGAAGAGAAGAGAAGCGGCGAGGUUAACAUUUAGCUUAUCUGGUAACUGCAUUGUUUCAUUUCACAAUAACAGACUUUGGUUCGGCCCAACUUGGUUUUGACCACGCACACAUAAGGAUUUCCAAUCGUGAAUAUUGAACAGGUUUAACUUUUAUAUUUUUCGGCCCCAAAAUCCCUUUUAACACAUCCCACACUGUGGCAUAAUUGCUCAGGAUAAUCUUGUACAGACAUCUAGUUAUCCUGCAUUUGCUGACUUGGAUCGGAAGGGUGGGGGGAAAAAAAAUAAUUCUGCAUGAUUAGCUUUGUGUAACACACUUUACCAUUGUCAGCAUCAACCAUUUUCUGAGCAGAUCUGGGAGGCAAGAUCACACUUAUCACACUCCACACCACAGGAUAAUCUUUUAGACACCUCCGAUAAUCAGGUCUUUGCUGACUUAGAUCGGAAGGGGGGGGGGGGUUCAAAUUCAGCACGAUUAUCGUCAUGCGUUCCCCACUUUUAGAUUGACAGCAUCAGUGUUUUUUUGUUUGUUUAUUUGUUUUAGUCACUCGGGGAGGAAAAAUCACUCCAAACACACCCCACACCAUAGGAUAAUCACUAAGGAGACUGACAAUUGGGCCUUUGCUGACUUUGAUGGGAAGGUUGGAAUAAAAAAUGCUCAAAAUGUAGCCCGGUUUUCGUUGCGUGUACCCCACUUUAUGAUUUCCUCUCUUGGCUGUUUCCCAAGCCAUUUGGGAAGGAAAAAACACUUGUAACAGAGUCCACACCAUAGGAUAAUCACUGCACACUGCUUUCGUAAAAGUUAAUUUCAAAAUUCUACCACUUUGCAACAAGCUACGAGCUACAAUCAGCAUGCAAACAAGGAGUAGCCACCCACCUCCAGCCUCAACUACCAUGAUAUGUAUUACAAAAUGUCUCUAGAAGGGUCCACAUUAGAUCCUUACGCUACCGCAAUUCAGAAUACUGUUAUGUAAUAAUACCUAAAACGGCGUUGAAAUACACUGUCUAUAUCACUAUAAUAAUGAGCAGUCCAAAUCCGGUCCAGGUGUUUCAUCUGAGGGUUCCGACAGUAGCGGUUCUGUCAAAACGAAAGCGGACAACAGCAGGAAAACACACUCAAAGAGGCUGAAGAGGUGCUCGCGAACUGGCUUGCUAACUAGGCUAGGGCUAACAACAAGGUCAGCUCUAGCUAACUCUUGUGCUAUUCAUGGAGUCAGUAUUUGAUAUUGACACUGGACUCACAGAUAUAAUUAUAUGAUAAAUUACAAUAUUGAUAUUUUGUCCUACCGAUUAUCCACUAGUAACUCUUAUGCCAUUCAUGGAAUUAUAUUUGACGAUGUAACACUUGUGUACUGUGAGAGAGAGCGACACAAACCACCACUAUAUCUACAUUUUAGCCCACUCCUUGUAAAUACUAAGGGUAUGUUCAGGACUUCACUCCACGUCCCCUAUAUACACAGAAACUCAGGGCGUUCAAUUAUUGAGCGCGCCACACUCUGGGAAUGCUGGAGCCGCAGUCCCGCCGCUCUGACUGAGGAGACAGAGCGACCCGCGCGUCAGGCAGGACGAGAUGUUUAAAGGCAGAACUGACCCAUUAAAUAUGGCACUAUCCCUGCCAAUGGUUAACAUGCCCGUUUGUAAAUGUAUAGAAAAUGGAGCGCGCUUUGCCUCUCUGAACAUUGCCUUUUCAGAGCGCAGCGAGAGCGCCAGAUUGAAUUUCCGAACGUACCCUGACUUAGUCCGGUUAGCGAGUGGAACAGCUAGCAACUCUUCUGCCAUUCAUGGAAUUAGUGUUUGAUCUUGGUAUGUUGCUCCUGUAAUCUUGUAGAUACAGAUAUGGUACAUCAAUAUCAAUGUUCUGUCCUCCCCCUCUUAAAUACUAACUUAGCCUGGUUAGCAAUUGGGUCCGCUACCAACUCUUCUCUGCCUGCUAGCAUCUUUCUACCGUUCAGUCGAUGUUUUCCUGCUCUUGUUUGGUCUAGGUGUUUCUAACAGUGCUUUAAUUUUCGAUUGAAACAUUUUUGUCAUAUACUUCGGUUAAAGUAAAACCGCUAAUUUUUACCAUUUGUGGUUUUUUUCCCUUUUUUUAACGUAGUCUUACAUAUAAGAGAGGUGUUCACACCGUCGUAUGAAAUUGUUUCUAUUGUCCGCAAACAUCAGCCUAGUCAAAGCCUUAACAUCCUCCAUCUCACCUGUAAUCAUUCCUUUGUAAAUAGUAUAAAUAUAUAAAUAGGUAGCAGAGGAGAGGGGAAACAAAAUGAAGUACUAAUUUAUGGUGUCACGUUUUGUGUAUCGCUCAGUGACUGCAAAGCAUGAAGGAUUUAUUUUCAUUUUGUUCUUUUGCAGUGCUGUAUAAUUUAAACUUGUUUCCUUUGCGAGUGCUUUAUUCACUACUGCCGCGCUGCGCUUGUUGCCAAAAACGCUGGCAAAUGUGCUUUGUCGUCUAUACAAUUUAAAAUGUACAUGCGCAGCCGAACAACAUUCUUACUCCGAAAUGUGCUUUUUAUCGACUGCUCUGUGGAAGUUGUUUUUCUUUUCUCUUGUUCUCACGCUUUUAUUUUUUUCUUUUGUAAUAAUUGAUUUUCAAGCAGCAAAAGAAUUGGCGGGGUCGGGUGAAUUAGACUGGUUCCGGCUUCUUUUGUCAUGUCUUUUUUUUUUGUACUUGGUUGUUAUUAAAGAUUAGAUUAUUUUUCUUUUUGAAGCA